AUGUUAUCCAUUGGUGUAAUCGUUUUGACCAACUACGGUACGGUCUUGCUUUGGUGUCGCUUCAACAAGGUCAACGGCGGAGGGUUAUCAAUAACCUGUGGUGUCAUUCGAGUAGCGUUGAUCGGAAACGUGGCAUGUUGCAGUGUGAUAGGUAUCCGGAUCAGCUCAAUCAAGAGUACGAAAGGAAAUCCGGGGGUAUUUCCACGGAUUGAGUAUCCAUCAGACGGCUUCAGUCUCUUGAGGAUCCAGCCGUACGAAAGAAAUGACAUCGAUUAUCCAUCCAAUCAUAUCCGCAAGUUUGAUCCCAAGGUCGACGUGGAGAAAGAUGAAAAUGAGAUGGUCAGUGGCUCAGUUCUGAGUGUGAAAUUGGAUUUUGGUUUCUCUGGAAGAUGCCAAGAAGAACCAUACCUGAAGAAAGCGAAGGCGUCUGAGUUCAUGAUCAAGACAAGUCCUCCCUCAGCCGAUAUCACAGACAGGCUUCUAUGCUCUUCCUAUCCUCUUCCAUCGUGGGUUAGGGCUCCGAUCCGGGGACUCAGGGUCGGUUCUCGGUUGUCCCGAGACACUCCCCGAGGUAUCCUCGGGGGGUCUUGGAUCAGCUCGGGUAGGUACUUAGGGUUUCAGAUGAUCGCCGGUACUGGUAGUAGCUGCAUUUCCCUCCUCCUUCAUGAGGGUGCAGAUCCCCCACAGGUCCAGUUAUGUUCUACGGAGCCAGACCUGCCACACAAUCAACUUCUGCCAAGCUAG